CGACGUUUCCCGUUCAGUCGUUGAAGUGACUCGAUAGAGUAAGCUUGCGUUUCCUCAAUCCGUCAUGGCAGCGAUCGUUUAGUGUUGUGCACGUAACAAAAAACCUUCCUCAACAUUUAAACAUUCUUAUUUCGUAUCGAGGAAAGGAUCGACCUAUCAGCAACCUAUUUAAGGAAAUCAUAAUGGUAUAGUGGACAUUGUGUUUCGCGACGUUGUAUACCACUCAUACUCGUAGAACGGCUUAAGUAGCGGGGUUCAACUUUGUCAUUCACAAUGAAUCUUGGAAGAAAGGGAACCUGGCUGACGUCAUGCUUUCUUUGCAGCAUGAUUCUCUUUGCUUACGCAAGGAAGGGAGAAAGACCGCAGUACAGGACGGCCUACGCUUGCGAAGAGAGUACGUUGCAGAUAUCUUGCGGAGAGGGAGAACUCAUACAUUUAAUAAGAGCCAACUUCGGAAGGUUCAGUAUAAGUAUCUGCAACGAGCAUGGUACCUUGGAUUGGAGCGUGGACUGCAUGUCUUCCAGUUCAUUUCGUGAAAUGGAAAGCCGAUGUAAGGGGAUGAGCGAGUGCGUUGUCAACGUCACCAGUUCUACUUUUGGAGAUCCUUGCCCGGGCACUGUUAAAUACUUAGAAGCGCAAUACCAGUGUCGAGGAGUAGAUUCUCCUCCUCCUACCACAAACAGACCAUCGAGGCCUCCUCUAGUUGUUCCGCCAAUACACGCUCCUCACGAAUCAUCUACCUCAUCCAUUCAAGGAGUCUUUGACAGAUCUACCACUGCCUCCGUUACAAAUGCCAAAGUAUCUCAGACAACAUUUCCAUUCAUCUUUCCAUCAACUCCUAAGUCCACAACUACAAAGCUCCCCACUACAUUUAUCAGGCUUUCAUCUUUUUCUCCAAUAAUGGAAUCAUCAUCAGACUAUCCAACUUCAACAGAAGAUCCUAGAGAGCAUUUCUGCCCACCUGUGAAGUUACGAAAUAUUAUGUGGAACUGGACUAGAGCUGGAGAAGUUUCACGACAGAAAUGCCCCAGUGGUUCUACAGGAGUUGCUGUUUGGCAAUGUGGUAUGCAUCCUGUUAGAUGGCUCCCAGAAUAUCCCGAUCUUAGCGACUGUAAUUCUCUUUGGGUGAAUAAUUUUGAAGAACGAAUUAAAGAAAAAGAUUCCCUGGUCAACAUUGCAGUUGAACUGGCUUCCAUUACCAGAGAUAAGUUGUUGUAUGGAGGAGACAUCUUGAAAACUGUUAGUAUUAUUAAAAAAUUAGUGACAACAAUGGAGGAGAAUGUUUCGGAAUUUUCUGUGGAUAAACGACAUCAAGUAGUUAAAGAACUGACUCAGGCAGUAGUUGAUACUAGCAGCAAUAUUCUUGACGAACUUCACAGUGACUCUUGGAACGAUCUCCCUCAUUCAGAUCAAGAUUUGGCAGCAUCCUCACUUUUAAGAGGUCUCGAACAGAAUGCCUUACUCUUAGCAGAUACUCAGAAUUAUAAUGAACAAUUUGAUUAUAAACAAGAUAAUGUCUUGGUAGAAGUUAAUGUAUUACAAAUGCAUUCGGUUCGUGACAUGACUCUGCCUAGGAUUAAAGACAAUUCAAAAUGGAGAGAUGAAAGUUCGGUAUAUUUAUCUUCUCAAUCUUUACAAGAAAAUGCAAAAAAUGGUAUAGUGACGGUAAUAUUCUUAAUGUAUAACAAACUGGAUGAAAUCUUAGAUCCUGACCCACCCAAUGCUAUGUACAGUAGUAUGCAGAAUUUGGAAAAGAGUGUGAAAGAGAUAGUUAAUAGUAAAAUAUUAAGUGUAGCUUUAGGAAGGAAGAAAGUUACUAAGCUAUCAAAACCAAUCAUUAUCACUCUUAAACAUAUGCAGGUUGAAAAUGUUACAAAUCCACGCUGUGUUUUUUGGAAUUAUGAGAGAAGUGAAUGGUCACAAAAAGGAUGUAUGGUAAUUGGCUAUAAUUACACACACACAGUUUGUUCUUGCAAUCAUCUGACAAACUUUGCUAUAUUAAUGGAUGUACAAGCAAUUCCUUUGUCCUAUGGACAUGAAGUAGCUUUACGAGUGAUAACUUAUGUUGGCUGUAUUGUCUCAAUUGUUUGCCUCUUUUUGACUAUAUUGGCAUUUCAGUUCUUGAGAGGACUCAAAAGCGAUAGAACUACAAUUCAUAAAAAUCUGUGUGCCUGUUUAUUAAUUGCUGAAAUUGUAUUUGUCGGAGGAAUUGCUCAAACCCAUCUUCCAAUUAUCUGUGGGAUUGUAGCUGGAUUAUUGCAUUAUUUUUUCCUUGCUGCCUUUUCUUGGAUGUUUUUAGAGGGUUUCCAGUUGUACGUGAUGCUCAUCGAAGUGUUCGAGACAGAAAAAUCUCGCGUCUUCUGGUAUUAUUUGUUGGCUUAUGGAAUUCCUGCAAUAAUUGUUGGUAUUUCAGCUGCAGUCGAUCCCUCUAGUUAUGGAACUAAACAUCACUGCUGGUUACAGGCCAACAAUUACUUCAUUUUUAGUUUUGUUGGUCCUGUAAUUGCCAUCCUACUGCAAAGCUUUUAUGAUUGUCCAAUGAAUGAAGUAAUCCUACAGAAAAGUGAAUACAAGAUUAUAAAAUUAAUUCUAAUUUAUUGCUUUAAAAUUAAAAAAUUGUUCAUCCUUUUGCAGUUGGGAUCAUUUUUGAUUCUAUUUGAAUUUUUCUGA